GAUGAUGGAGGCGUUAGGCGCGACUUCGAACGUGAUGGCGCUGAUCCUGGUCAACAUGAUCGGCUACGCCGUGGGCAUAAAGGGGGCGGGUCACGUGGCUGGGGGAAUUUUUCUCGAAAGGGAAGCGCUGAUUGCUGUGGCAUUAAGCUUCAUGUUUGUCUUCAGCGGGGUGCAGGCAAGUGAAACAGCAAGCAGCAGGGCCGGUCCCCACUCCGGAUCGUGGCAAUUCAGAGAUGCAGGGCUCAGAUUUCCCACCCAACCGAAGGACUGA